CCGCAAUAUCACCCAGUGUAUGGAGCUGUCCCUCAGGUUCCUCAGAUUCCUCACCAGUAUGGACAUCCGUACGGAUCGCCUCCUAUGCAGCCUAUGCAGCCGUACGUCGGCAACUCUGCGCUCAGCUUGGCGCCGUCGCCACCGCAGAAGGGGAAGGAAAAUAUUAUCAAAUCGCAGUGGAAUAGAGCUGAAAGGUUAGCCUCGAAGUCCUAUCAUGACCUCUCGGCACAAGUCACAUCUGGAGCAAACAAAAGCGUGACUGUGCUGACGACGAACUGCAUUGAUAGGCCAACAGCUCUCAUCAGCAAAAAGAGCACCCAAGCAUUGAAUCAAGGCGCAGCGCUCUGCGAUCUAAUUAGUACGAAAUUGGACGCAGUCAUCACUAGCAUUGAUGGCGGACACUUCAGCGGAAAAGAGCAGGACCUCAUGGUAUACGAGCAACAGCCCUACCCAUCCUCAUCGACUCUCCCACCAGACGCGCCAGCCGAUCGAUCUGCAGCAGUAUACUCUAGCUCAGGCUCAACCACCACCAAAGGCUCCAACUUCUUCUCCAAAGUUUGGCUCUACUCCAACUCGCGGCUCCCUCCUCACCUCCCACCCUUCAAAGUCUACAUGCCCACCUACCCGCUCCUCUGCCUGGCAGCCACCUACUCCGAGCGCGUGUACACGCCUCCCGAUCCCAAAACGCCUGGCGAAACAGAAACACACAUUCCGGCGGACUGGCGCUCGGGCACGAAAGCUAUGGCGCUGAAGAGCCUGCCUAUUGACGAUAUGAAUACGGUCGUCUUUGCGAUAAGGGGUAGUCAGACUUUUAUGGACUGGGCGGUGAAUUACAAGUCCGAACCCACUAGCCCCGAAGGCUUCCUUGACGACGAAGGCAACCUCUGCCACGCGGGAUUUCUCUAUGUCGCGCGGAAGAUGGUCAAGCCCGUUGCGGAUCGUCUGCGCGUGCUCCUGCAGGAGAAUCCCGCACGCUCAAACUGCAGCCUGCUCAUAACCGGACAUUCCGCGGGUGGCGCUGUUGCCGCUCUUCUCUACGCACAUAUGAUGAACACGCGUAUCGAAUCCGAGCUGAACUAUCUCACCGGCUUCUUCAAGCGCGUGCACUGCGUCACCUUCGGCGCCCCGCCCGUCAGUCUCCUCCCGCUCAAGAAGUCGGCCGAUAAACAGCAUCGGAAGAGCCUGUUUUACAGCUUUAUCAACGAGGGGGAUCCGGUGCCGCGGGCAGAUAAAACAGUCGUGAGAAGCCUGCUGAAGCUGUACACAACUGCAGCCCCCUCACCGAAUCAAACAUCUUGCGUAGGGAGUCUCACCAGCUUCUCGAAGCUAAAUCUCUCGUCCGCCUCGCAGACUACACUACAAACGACGUCGACCUCCCCGCCUCCUAAACCCGGCAAGCAGUGGAAAUUCUCCAAGCCCUCGAAGACCUCGCUACAAACAACUUCCUCCUCGACUACGGCGUCGUCCGCGCCACCCUGGCCCAUAGUGCCCUGUACACUGAGCCCUGCUGGCAGGCUCGUUGUGCUGAGGCAGCGGAUUGGCGGGACUGAGGACGAUGUCGAGGCCGUGACGGUAGAUGAUGACGAGCUGAGGAAUGUGGUGUAUGGGGAUCCGUUGAAGCAUCAGAUGAGGAUGUAUAGGACGAGGGUAGAGAGGAUUGCUACACGGGCGGUUACC